UCUGCAAGCGGAGAUCUUCGCGUUAAAACAGCACAAAGAUGGUGGCCCAUUCUAGUAUUCUCCUCUCUAAGUGUUCCCAGUUCCGUAGAGAAGGAGAAUUUAUCGACAUACGUUUGAAAGUGGGUGAUACACUUUUCCCAGCUCACCGAGUUGUACUUGCUUCGUAUAGCGAUUAUUUCCACUCCAUAUUUACAGAUGGGAAAGAAGCGAACCAGGAAGUGAUCGAAAUGAAAGAAAAAAGUAUUUCACCGGAGAUAUUCAAGAUUAUUAUGGACUCCAUCUACAUUGGUGAUCUUCAUGUCAACCAGAAGAGCGUAUGUGAGGUUCUUCUCGCAGCUAGUCAGCUUCAAAUAACAAGUGUUGUUCAACUGUGUUGCGAUUUCGUAUUGAAGGAAUUCACAGAAAACAGAAUUGACCUGAAAAACUACUCCGUGUUGUGUACGGUUGCCGAAGGACUCGGUCUGAGAGAUCUGCAAGAGGUAGCAGAGGCCAAGAUGGCAUCCAUGUACAAAGAUGUUUGCGAAACUAAAGAAUUCCUGACUCACAUCAGUGCAGAUCAACUACUCAGCCUUCUUGGUCGAGAUGACCUCAAUUCACCCUCUGAAGCUUUCGUAUUCAAAUCAGCGAUGAAGUGGAUCAAAUACAAAGGGGAAGAGAGGAUGGCAGUUGCUGGAAAAGUUAUCGGAGCAGUUCGUCUGGGGCUGGUAGACGUGAAGGUUGUGAUUGAAGAGUUGAAAACAGAAGAAAUGCAGCGAUUUCCUGAGGUAAACAUGCAUCUGCAAGAAUCCAUGAUGCAUCACAUCAUGCCUUCUCAUGUGUUUGCCGCUGAGAAAGUAAAACCUCGAUCAAUGAGACCGGUGCUCGUUGCCCUUCACCCUGAGAUGCAUCUAAGUGUUCCCGAGGAUGAUGAUGAUGCAGAGGGCAUCGAGUACGGUGCGUAUGAUCCUUACUCACCACAGUGUUUAGCUUAUUACUUUGAUGUCGAAGCGAAGUUAUGGAAACCUUUGCCAUCUGUAGCUCGAUUAGAAGUAAGUUACUUUUGCUUUUGCACUGAACGCAUUGGAAACUACUUAUUUGUAGCUGCACAUACGCGGCUGAACAUUAAUUUAAUACAUCGAUAUGAUGUGGUAAAUAACUCAUGGGUUGAAUUACCAAAAUACGGAAACAACCACAGAGUUGACUGCUUGUGUUCUGUUGGUGACUAUCUUUACGCCAUAAGUGAGUCAAAUCCUCCUCAAAGGUACAGUUUGACGAAUAACAGUUGGCAAGGUGGGGAACGCUUAAAAGUAGACGAAGACAAGGAGAGUUUAAGUACUGUAUCAGCAACAGUAAUGAACUCUAAAAUGUAUGUAAUUUAUGGUUAUAAAAAAAGGGAAGGUGAUAGAAUAUUCUCCAGUUCGGUCAUUAAACCAGCUGUGGUUUAUUGUUUUGACCCAAGAUACAAUGUGUGGACAAAACUUGCGUCAACCUGCCAUCCUCAUUUUGAAUCCAGUCUUUUUGUUGUCAAUAACAGACUGUGUGUAGCGGGGGGAAGUAUUGAUGGUUGCUCUGAGCACCAGGCACCUGUGGAAGUGUACGAUGAAGGUACUAACACCUGGUCUGUAGUGCCUCAGAAACAUAUUCCCCCAAACAACUUGGGUGCAGUUGAAAUAGAGGGGAGGGUGUAUUUCAUCAUCUACAAAUUUCCAGUUGACAGUGGGAUAAGAAUUCCACCUGAGGAAAUGUAUCAAGUUGACUUAAGUGACUGGGAAAACUUAGCUAAAGUCCUUGAUAGUGGAGCAGUUUUGUGUUACUUGCCAGUCAAGGGAGAAAACUUGAAGGGAACUUAGCAAAGGGAAUAGUUUUAUAUCAAAAUGGAUGACACUUGCAUUUAAUU